AAGAGCUCUGAUAAUGCUGGAAGCUGCAGGCCUGAAGGGGUGGGGCAGGGAGAUCACAUGGUGAGGAAGCUGUUUGCUCAGAGAGGUCAGGAGGAAGCUGAAGUGCAUGCUGGGAAAGAGCUACCAGGAAAGACUUGCUGGAGUGUGGGCUGGUGGCUGCACAACAGAGUGGGAUAAGCUGCGGCGUCCCCUCCAUUUGGACUGUGAUUAAUCAGAGCUGCACCCCAUGUUAUGUUACUGGACUGUUAAUCUAUAAGCCUGUUAUACACAAGUGCAGCUGGAAUUCUCACACUCACUUUCCCUCUUGCUGGACUGCCUGAGACUGGAGGUGAAUCUUACUUUAUAUGAGAAUCUUAUGUGAGACUGAAGGGACUAGGCCACAAAUAUACACUGACUUGUGCUCCUGUUGAGCAGUUCUUCCCUACCAGAUACAUAAAGGGAUUGUUUGUUAUUAAAGUUUCCUCGUACUGUUACCUGCCUGUGUGCUUCUUAUGUGCCCAUAAACCAGUCCCGUGCUCUGGGACGUCACAAAGUGGUUGGCAGCCGUGGGAUAACACACUGGGCACCAUGCGCAGGCAGGAACUGGAAGAAUUAACCCUUGCUACGCUAAGAAAGUGGUGUCGCAAUCGGGGUAUUGCCCCUGAAGGGAAGAAAAAGACAGAAAUCAUUGCUUUACUACUUCCACUCCUACCUUCAGAUGCAGAGACUGUUACAUCUGAGAGUGCAGUUGCUGGGGGCCCCGAAAUGGUCCAGGGGCCACCCACUAAUCCUACCCGGGAUCGGGUUGGAGAGGUGUUUAAACAAAGGCUGGAGUUAUUCAGUGAGGAGCUUACCGUUGCGGAAAAGAUGGAGCUGAUGAGGAUGGUACAGGAGGAGGUAGCCCGUGAAAGAUCUGAUUUAGGGGAGCACGGCAGGCUAUCAGUGUCUUCAGUGGAGAGUCGGGCCCGAGACAUUCUAAAGUUAGCCACGGCUUUCCCUACAUUUCAAGAAGGGCAGGACAGCAUUGAUGCCUUUCUAGAGACAUUUGAGAUUAUGUGCAGGACCCACAACAUCACAGAAGAGGAUUGGCCCCGUAUCCUGUCUGGCAAACUAACAGGAAGGGCCAGCGCAACAUUCCGGGCCUUGUCCGAUGAACAAAGACUGGACUAUGAGGAGAUUAAGCAAGCUUUACUGAUCCGUUACGCUAUCACCCCAGAGUUUUACCGGCAAACUUUCCGGUCACUGCUAAAGACCACCCAGGAUACCUACCUGGAGUUUGGAAAUAAGUUGUCAAGGGCCCUUGAUCAGUGGAUUAAAGGGACUGGGGCCGAAACCAUGGAGGACUUAAGGCAAUUAUGCCUGAAAGAGCAAUUUUUGGAGAGGUGCCCCCUAGGAGUGCGGGAGUGGAUUAUGGACCGUGAGCCACAGACAGUAGAAGAAGCUGCCCAACUGGCCGACAAGUAUACAGAGACCAGGACCCCCACCAAAAGGGCAACCCAAGCACAAAGUACUACAGGUGCCAAGGCUAGAGAGUAUCCAGGCUCUCAACAACGGUCCUCUAUCACCACUUCCACACCCCGCCAACUGCUACCAGGGGCUGGGCCCAAAACCUGUUUUGGAUGCGGGGCUCCAGGUCACUUUCAAGCUACUUGCCCUCUUAACCGAAGGGCUGCUUCUCCUUCAGGGCCCCCUAAACUGACUCCUGCUCGACCUGUUGCCACUAUUCGGAAGGAGAGCACAGAGUGUGACCCGGCCCAAAUAUACCUCAGUGAGACCCCUGAAUUUGCAGUAAUGCAGAUUCAUUGGGCAGAUCAGUCAAAGCGAAGAUGUCAUGUGGUGCCAGUGGACGUAGAUGGAAACCGUGUAGAAGGAUUUCUGGAUUCUGGUGCCUUUAUAACUUUGGCAGAGCCUCAUGUGAUCACACUCAAUCGCAUUGUUCCAGGCAAAAUGGCCCGGGUGAUCCUGGCUGGAGGACAGAGGAGAGAGGUUCCAAUUGCUCAAGUGACUCUGGACUGGGGGGAAGGGCCUGUGCUGCAUGAGGUGGGAGUCAUGGAUCAACUGCCUGCGGAUGUGCUGCUGGGUAAUGAUGUUGGAGACAUCUGCUGCAGCAUCACACGGAGACAGGCAGAGUUGGGCGAGCCACCGGCAGUUGUCCAGGAGGUAAGCAGGCAGACAGAUGUGACAGGUGACCAUUUUGACAUAGGAAACUGGCAGGAUUUUAGGGCUGAACAAGCCGCAGACCCUACACUGCAGACAUUAAGAGAUAGAACUGUCCCUGGACUGGAGGGCCCUAAUGCAGGGGAACAAAUAGUGCAAGAGAAUGGGUUGUAUUAUAGAGUCCUCAAAAACUCUAGGGGGCGACAAAGGGAAGCAUGCCGUCAGUUGUUGGUGCCUGCCAAAUUUAGGACCCAGUUACUUCACCUUGCACAUGAGGUACCCCUUGCAGGUCACCAGGGGAUUUCCCGCACCCGCUAUCGCCUGCUACAAAAUUUCUAUUGGCCAGGGGUGUCACAACAAGUGGCACAAUUUUGCCGAUCCUGUGACAGCUGUCAGAGGGUUGGGAAGAGUGGGGACCGGAACAAACAUACAUUACGACCCCUACCAGUGAUUGGUGAACCAUUUCAGAGAGUUGCUGUUGAUUUAGUAGGACCCCUUAGCCGGCCCAGCAGGACAGGCAAGCAAUAUAUACUUACAGUGGUGGACUAUGCCACCCGUUACCCAGAAGCAGUGGCUUUGAAGAAAAUUGAUGCCCCAGCCGUUGCAGAUGCACUAAUUCAGAUUUUUACACGGGUAGGAUUCCCUAGUGAGAUCUUAUCUGACCAGGGACCACAGUUUAUGUCACAGCUGCUUCAGUGUCUAUGGCAGCGCUGUGGGGUCACCUCACUUCGCUCAACCCCGUAUCACCCCCAAACUAAUGGGCUAUGUGAGCGUUUUAAUGGAACUCUUAAGAACAUGCUCCGAACUUUUGUGGAGGAUGGAGAAGGGGACUGGGAGAAGUUUCUGCCCUGUCUUCUGUUUGCUUAUAGGGAAGUUCCCCAAGAGUCUACUGGGUUUUCCCCUUUUGAGCUGUUGUACGGGAGGCGUGUUCGGGGCCCCCUAGACUUGCUAAGGGAGUACUGGGAGGGGGGAGCCCAAUUCCCUGAUUUCCCUGUAGUGCCCUAUGUUCUACAAUUCCGAAAACGUCUCGAGCAAAUGACUGCUCUGGUGAAGGAACAUUUGUCAGAGGCUCUGACCAAACAGAAGGUCUGGUAUGACAGGAAUGCCAGAGAUCGGCACUUUGUUCCAGGGGACAAGGUGUUACUGCUGAUACCGAUGCGGUCAGACAAGUUGAAAGCAGCUUGGGAAGGGCCCUAUGUGGUAGUGCAGGCCAUUCAUGAUACUACUUAUGUGGUCUCCCCUAUUGAUAACCAAGACCAGUAUAAGACAGUCCAUGUCAAUAUGAUGAAACAGUACGUAGAAAGGGAAGCCACCGUGUCUGCCAUUUGUAGUCUGCUAGAAGAAGGGCGCAAUGAAGAGGCUUUCCCUGACCUCUUACAAGAGGCAAUGGGGGUUAAGACUUGGGAGGAUGUUACUAUUAGUGAGCAGUUAACCCCUGAGAAAUAUGAGCAGUUGUGUCAGCUGCUCCAAAAGUUUCAGUCUCAGUUUUCAGAGAGGCCAGGUUGCACCAACUGGGUUGUCCAUCAGGUGAAUACAGAGGGGCAUGGCCCAAUUCGCACACCAGCCUAUCGGGUGGCAGAAUCCGUACGGGCUGCCAUGAAAAAGGAAAUCGAGGAAAUGUUGGCAUUAGGGGUAAUUGUUCCCUCUCAGAGUCCUUGGGCAUCACCAGUUGUCUUGGUUCCCAAGAAGGAUGGCAGCACUAGGUUUUGUGUAGACUAUAGGAAGCUGAACCAAGUGACUGUGACAGAUGCCUAUCCAAUGCCCCGGGUAGAUGAACUUCUUGACCGUCUGGGGAAUGCCAAAUAUCUCACCACUCUAGAUUUAAGCCGGGGAUACUGGCAGAUUCCUCUAGCACCAGAGGACCAAGAGAAGUCAGCCUUUAUCACUCCAUAUGGCUUAUUCCAUUUUACUGUUAUGCCAUUUGGCAUGAAAAAUGCCCCAGCCACGUUUCAAAGGGUAGCAAAUCAGUUGUUGGAGGGGUAUCAAGAGUUUGCUCAAGCGUAUCUGGAUGACAUAGCCGUAUUUAGUAACACCUGGGAGGAACAUGUGCAGCACCUACAGAGUGUUCUGGGAAGGAUUAUGCAGGCUGGGCUUACCCUAAAGCCAGGGAAGUGCCAUUUUGGGAUGGCCGAGGUCCAGUAUUUGGGUCAUCGGGUGGGAAGUGGGCGAGUAAUGCCAGAACCCGCCAAAGUUGAAGCCAUAGUAAACUGGCCCACUCCCACCACACAGAGACAGGUGUUAGCCUUCCUGGGGACAGCAGGGUAUUAA